AUGAACAAAAAUAAAGCAUAUGAUUUUGAUCUAAUUUAUGAAGAGCUGUAAAAUAACACUCAAUUGGAACUCAUUCUCAAAAUGCUCUAUAUAUAAUUUAUCAGAAAAAAUUAGAACAGCUUUACAUCAGAAGAAGUUUUGGUUCACUGUAAAAAAUUAUAUCAUCUAGAUUGUGAAUAAUAUGAACGAUUAUACUUAAAAUUAUGGAAGGAUUAAUUUUAAUUAUCUCCUCAUAAUGUUUCAUGUUAUCAAUAAUUUUAAAAACUUCCUAAGCAUGGCAAUAUAUAAUUAUAUGAUUUUAAUAUUUCUUUAUCAGAAAUGUCUAUUGAUGAGUAAACUCAUUUAAUAGAAAAUUGGAUCUUGUAAAUGAAUGACUAAUAAUUAUUUAAAUGUUUAAUACCCAUUUUCUUUGAUAUAAUUAAAAGGGGAGAAGAUUCUAAAUUUUUUAUUUCUAUAAUUAACAAGUAAUUGAAAGUUAAAAAAAUGGAUUUUUUUUUUAAAAACGGAUUUAACAUGAAAGCUUUAUUUUAAAUUUUAUAUAAUAAUUCUGAUUAUGAAUUAUAAGUAAUGCUUCUUAAAUUUCAUUGCAAAUUCAACCCAAUACCUUUUCUUUACAAAAAUUUAGAUUUUGAUAAUAUAAAAGAUCAAGAUGAAGUUUAUAAGCUUAAUGAAAAAUUGUUUUAUAUCAUUCCUGAUUGUUUAACAAUCAUAAAUUUUAGUUUAAAUUCAAAAUAAAAGUCUUUUGGUAAAACUAUGUUAAUAAAUUAAAUUUUUUAUUAAAUGAAUAAAUUUGAAAUAUGUGAUAAGUGUGAAAUAAAUAAUUCUACAAUAGAUAUAAUGUUUGAUUAUAGUUUUAGUGGUUCUAGAUAAUUUGCAAUAGCAGAUACACAUGGGAUAAUUCCUGAAUCAAUGUUAUUAAAAAUACUUCCUUUCUUUUAAAUUUGGAUAAUUUAAAUGAAUUCAGAAAAAGAAUUGAUAGAAACUUAUGAAAAUUUAAAAAAAUUAAUUUCAUCCUUGAAUAAUUUAUAAAAUUCUCCAAAAUUUUGUUUAGUAAUUAGAAAUUCUACAGAAUCAAUAGAUAAAUUAAAAUCAAAUUAAAAAUAUCAUGAAAUUUUUAAAUUUACUUAACAAAUUCAUUGUGUUUAAAAUUUAACAUAGUAAGAUAUAACAAAAAAUUAAUAUGAUGACGAAUUAGAAGAAUUUUAAAAGUUUAUUUUUGAAAUUAUAUCUUAGGCUAGCUUUGGUAAUAGAAUUUAGAAUUAAAAUGCCUUUUUAGAGAUUAUUAAGAAAUUUAAUUAUGAGAAUAUAUAAUUGUAAAAAUAAAGAGAAGAUGAAAUUAUUAUAAAUUUGGAAAAAUAACUAAAAGUAUUGAUUGAUAAACCUGAUGGAUUUUAUAACAAAGAUUCAUUUCCUCUAAGAGCUUUAGACUAUUAAAUUUUAAAAUUAAAUGAAGAAAAAAAUAAUUUGUAAUAACAAAACUAAAUUAAUAAUUCAAUUAAAAUAAAUUAAAUUCAAAAAGAAAUAACAUAAUUAGAAAAUUCUAUCAAAGACUUAUAAUUUACUGAUAUAUUGAAUUUAUUUUGUGAUAUAUUCAGUCGAAAUAAUUCUUAUAUUUUAUAUCUUUCAUUUGUUGAAAAACUUAGAAUCUUUAAUGAAGUUAAUUCUAAUUUGAUAUAAGAUCAAGUUCAAUCUUUAAAUGAAAAAUUAUAAAUUUUAAAAAAAAAUAGAAAAGCUUUAAGACAAAAUGACUAACAAAUAGUUGAGUAAGAUGAUUAAAGUAAAAAAUUAAAAGAGGAAAUAAAAUAAAUCGAUGAGGAACUCAAAGAACAAUUAAAAAGAAUUUCAGAAAGAAAUAUAGGGAUAGAAUUAUUUUGGAGAGAAGUGAUAUCAAUUUAAAAUAAGUCAGUAUUUAAAAAAAAAUAAAUUAAUCCAGUUGAUGUUGUUUAUGAAUUAAUUAAAAAAGGAGAACCUUUUGAAUUUUUAGAUGGAGAUUAAUUGAAAAUAGAUUAAUAAUUCCUAAAGUAAUUAAUUUAUAAAUUUUCUAAAUAAGGUGAAGAGAAAGUUUUGGUGCUAAGUGUAUUAGGUCCUUAAAGUUCAGGUAAAUCUAUGAUUUUAAAUAAAAUUUUUGGUUGCCAUUUUUGGACAAGUGUAGGUAGGUGUACUAAAGGUAUCUAUCUUUAAUUAUUGAAAAUUCAAUAAAAGAACUAAUUCGAUAAUUUAUUUGAUUAUAUUCUACUUUUGGAUACUGAAGGAUUACAAAAUCCAAAUUAAAAAGAUCCUGAAUUUGAUAAGAAAAUUGCUUUAUUUGUAUUAUCAAUAAGUGACAUAACCUUAAUUAAUGUUAAAGGAGAUAUCCAUUAGCAAUUUAAAAAUCUAGUUGAAAUGUGUAUUUUUACAUUUGGUUAGAUGAAAAGUGUUAUUUCAGCAAAUAAAUAAUUAAGUUGGUGUUUUAAUCAAAAUAAUGACGUUAAUAAUUUUGCUCCUUUUUUAGAUUAACUUUAAGGAAUUGCAAGUAAUUUAAAUAUAGAAUUUAGCUAAACUGAAUAAGAGAGUGAAUCCCAAAAUAUAGAUUAUAAUGAAAUUUUGGAUAUAAAAAAAGAAAAUAUUCAAAUUUUAGGAUUUGCAUCAACUGAACGAAGUUGGUAAAACACAUCUCUAGGUAUGAAAUAAAACUGGAGAUAAUUAAUAAUCAAUGAAACCUUUUGUUAAGAGGCUUAUUAGUAUGGAAUAAGAUUAAUUAAGAAUUUUGUAAGCAAAAUAAAAUAAUUGGGAAAUGAUGAUAAUUCAAUAUCCAGUCUUCAUUCUUUUAUUUAAAAUAUUGAAACACAUUGGUAAAGUAUUUGUAGGUUGCCAGACUUGCUGGAAUUUACAGAACUGAAAUAAUAUAAAUAAGAUGAAUUAAUGAAAAAUAGUCUUGAUCAGAAUUAUAAAAGUUAGAAUUUUUAUUUUAUUGAGAAUUUACCACAUGAGAUUCAAAAUCAUCUCAAUUAAUAAAAGGAAAAAAAUUUGUCAACAUUCUAAUAAUUUUAAAUGCUAAAAGAAAAAGAAGUGAUUGCAUAAUUUGAUUAAAUCAAAACUUAAAUAAAAGAAUUAUUAUUUAAGAUUAAAUAGGAAUAAAAAAUUUCAAAGAAAAUAUUUAUCAAAUAUUAAAAUAGAUUAACACAGAAAAUUUAGAGUUAGAUUGAAGAAUGCAAAGUAACUAUUUAUAGCCAAGUUAAAAAUCAUGAAACUAAAUUUUAAGAAAUUAAGGGAUUUAGUUAAAAUGAGAAGUUUGUUUCAGAUAUAAGUGCAAAUCCAUAAGAAUUAAAAUAAUUACAGAAAUAUCCAAACGAAAUUGAAGAUAAGUUUAAAAAUAAAUGGGAAUAAAUAAUUAAUGAUUACAAUCAAUAAAUAUUAAACAUAUUUAAUGAAUAUUCAAAAAAGUAAUAUACAUCUAUUUCAUAUUCUUUUGAUUAAUAUAGAUUACAAACUAAAAGAGAACAAGAAAUUUAAGAUAAGUUUAUUAAUGAUAUUAAUAAAAAUUCUCUUUUUAACAAUUAAAAUAAUGAAAAGAAUAAAAUAUUUAAUAUAUUUAGAGAAGAAUUAAAAGAGCAAUAAUUUAUCUUACUUGACUCUACCAAAAAUAUUACAGUUUAUGGAGAUAUAUUUAGUUAACCAAUUAUUGAAAAGUUAAAAAAAGCAAAAGAAACAGAUCUAAUUAACAUAAAUAAUUUCUAUAAGGUUUAAUUAGAAUAUUAUAUCAUAAAAAAAGUAGAACUGGAAAAAUAUUUAAACAAAGGUGGAUUAUAUUUUGAUUUUAGCUAAAAAUAUCGUAUUUAUGAGUAAUAAAGACAAAAUCUAAAAAGUUAUAUUUUCAAGUUUUUAUUGAUAAUAAAUUAAUUUAGAUUAAUAUUCAAUUAAACUUACUAUGAUGAUUUGAUAAAAGCAAUUGACAUACCUAGAAAGGUUUAUGAAUCAUCGAAAUCUUAUGAUUAAAUAGUUUUAAAAUUAUUUGAAAAUCUCUCUUAAACCUUUAUAGUACCUGCAGAUAAGAUUGUGCUGAAUAAUUAAGAAUUUUUUUAAUCUUUAAAACUUAAUUACGGUUAUCUUUACUAUGUAUAAUAUAAAAUUGAAUUGAAUAAUUUUAAUGAAUGCUAACAAUUUCUUCAAAAAAAAAUAUAAGAUGAUGAAAUUUUAUUAUAUCAUUCAAAUAAAAUAAUUCCAAAAGAUAAUUAGAAUUAAAGUUUAGAAUACAUUGCAAAUUAAAAUUGUAAAUAUUAAAAAAAGGCCUUUUCAAAUAGUUUUGUAGAAUUUUUUUCUAAACAGAUGAUGGAAAAAAAAGGGUGGGAAAAAUUAUAUUUUCAACUUUAUGAUAUAAUAUAUUAAGAAAUGAGAUCUAAUUAUUAAAUCAUAUAUAAAAAUUCAUAAAUGGAUAGUGAUUAAGAACUAGGUUCUGCGAAUUGUAAAUUAAUUUAGAUUAUCAUGUCUAAAAUAAAAUCAUAAAUUUAAUAAUUUAAUAAAUAAUUUGCAAUUUUUGGGAUUACUUUGAGUGAUAUAGGUGAAAGAUGCAUUUAUUAUUAUUCUAUGAUACUUAUUUGGAGAUUUUCAUGUUAUUAGAAAUGGAAAACAUUAGAAGAGGGUCAUAAUAAUUUAUAAAAGUUAUAUCCAAUCUAAUUUGAAAAAUUUAAAGCUUAAAUAUUAUAAAAUAAAGUAUAGUAAAGUUCAAUUAAAGCUAAAUCUUUAUCUGAUGCAAUAUAUCAAGCUUAUAUUAACUAUUUUUAUUUUGACAAUUAAAUAAAAGUGAAGAACUUAAUCAAAGCAAAAAUCAUAAAUUGCUACCAAAUAAUAAAAGAAUUAGAUAGAAAAUUAUUGGAAAAUUAUAAUAAAAAUUUGGAUGAAAAUAUGAAAAUAGAAAUUUUCAAUUAUAUUACUGAUUAAAAAAAUUUUAUAGAAAAUUAAGUAAAGAUUUAAAUAAAAUAGAUACAAGAACAGUUAAAGUAGGAUUUUUAAUAAUAACUAAGAGAUGGAUUAACUAAUUAUCUAUUAAUUCUAAAAUCAAAUAUUGAAAUAAUCUUAAAUAAUAUUUAAAACUAGUAAAUGUAUGGCAAUAAAGUAAAUGAAUUUUUUGAAAGUCAUGAACAAGAUUCUAGAAAAGAUUUAGAAUUUGAAUAAAUGAUGUUUAAAUUAAUAUAACCUUGUAUUUUUGGAGUAUAAGAAUAGAAUCCAAUAUUAAAUAAAAUAAAACGUAAAUUUCAAGGUAUUUUUUAUCAUGAGCAAUACAGAUCUAUAUUUCCUUAAUUAAAUUUAUUAGUUCUAAAAUAAGAAGAAGAAAUAUAAUAAUUAAAACCUUAUAUUUAAUAACUAUUAACAGAAUUCAAUGAAAAUCUAAGAAAAUGCUAAAAUGAAAUUUUGAGAAUAGACAUUUUUGACAUCAACAGCGAGUUUGAUGAAAUGAAAUUAAAUAUGAUUGGAUGUAUUGAAUCUUGCCCAUUUUGUAAUAGAAAAUGUGAUGAACCAAAUGAUAAUAAUCAUAGACAUAAAUGUAAAAAUGGACAUUAAUUAGGAGGUAUACUUAUCAUUUAUUUUAGGUAUGAAUUAUGUAUUGUUAAAAGAUAAACCUUCAUUACUUAUAUGUGAAGAGAUUAAAGAUGAUUAAAUUUUAAAAACAUAAGAUUCAACCAUUUUUCGAACAUGGAAAGAUAUGAAAAAAAUGUACAAAGAAUGGGAUUUUGAUUUAUUAACAAAUUUAGAAGAUAAAGAUAAAAUAAAAAAUAAAAUGAUGAAUGUUUGGAAUGGAGGUAUAGGUUUACUUGUUUGUAAUUUUUUGACAUAAAAAUAUGGAAAAAAGAUUUAAUUCAUUAACAAAAAUGAAUUUGAAUUAACAAACAUCCAUUAUAUAAUAGUUCUUGAUGAUUCUUAAUCAAUGUAAGGAACUCGAUUUGAAAAUGCAAAAUAGGGAUGUCUUAAUUGUAUGAAGAAUAUGUAAAAAAACCCAUCGGCACGAAUUAGCCUUAUUAUUUUUAAUUCAAAAGCAAGAGUUCAGAUUGAUUGCCAAUAAGUGAAUAUUAGAGAUUAAUCUAAUAAGUUUACAUAUUAAAAUGGUGGAACAAACUUUGAAAAUGCUUUUAUAGAAGUUUAUAAUUUGAUCCUAAAGCAUUAAAACUAAAAAUUUAAUAGUAAUUUAUUAGUUGUAAUUUUAGAACACGUUAUUUUAUUUUACACUGAUGGAGAAGCAGCUUAUCCAAAAAACGCAAUAAAUAAAUUUAUUGCUCUAUCUUAGGAAUAGAAAUAAGCAAUUUCUUUAUAUACCUGUACAUUAGACAAUUCUCCAAUUACUUUACAAUUGAUGAUUUAAGAAUUAAAGAACAACGGAUUUAAAGCCAAACUCUAAAAAAAUAUUGAAGUUAACCAAAUACAAUCAGUUUGGACAGAAAUUAUCUAAAAAGGAAUUCAUGUCAAGGAAUGA